UAGCACACCUUUAUUGUUUGAAAAACUGUCACAAAUCAAUCACUUUAAAUUUCCUGUAUUUCUCGAACAUUUCCUUUCACCACUUGCAUCAUCCGCAUUGAUCUUUAGAAAUCAGGUGAAAACAUUCCAGUUUUAUCAACAGAAAUGGCCCGGAAAAUCCAGAAAAAAGGAAAAUGGACUGGAGUAUGCAGCAUGGGGCACUUGCAGUCUCCAAUACCGUUGUUCAAGCGGCUGUCGUACCACAUCGAGCUGCCAGCGCUGAAAUUCCGCAAUUUUCAUGAACUUCAAAACGUAAAAGUCGAAAAUACUGGCUUUACAAUACGCUGCACUUUUCCCAAUACCUGCCAUUGCGACCGUCCGAAAAUAUGUGGAGGAGGUCUGGUGAGGAAUUACACCUUAAACCAUAUCCAUUUCCAUUGGCCAGGAGAACACUUUCUCGAUGGAAUCCGCUAUGACUUGGAGAUGCACUGCGUUUUCUAUGCAGACCGCUAUGGGACAUUCGAAAAUGCCCUGGAGCAUCCGUAUGGGAUUACAGUUAUGGCCAUUUUACUCCUAGCCAAAUAUAAAACGAGAAGGCAAAAUCCAUAAAGCUGAAGACUGCACCUGAGAACAAUAAAAUAGAGAUGCAAGAGAAAAAAAUGAGCAAUAGAUAAUAGAGAAAACCAAACGAAGCUAACAAAU